UCUCUCCCUCACACUCAGUCAACUUCCGUCUCGCUCGGGGAAAGUGUGCGGGUCUCGUUUCGGUGGAUUUUGGUUGUGUUCCUCCCCCUACUUCGCUGUGGUCAGUGUAUUAUGUGAAGUACAGGCAGUGUGCAGUGCUAGAAACGUACCUAAUAUCGCCUGUGUCGUCACUAAUGAGUCAAAAUGGCCGAUCCCGAUAUUCCGAGCAACGAUGUAGACACCUUGAAGGCAGCGGGAGAAGAUGGAGGCCCUACAGACGGCAGCCCCCAAGAUGGCAACCCUAAGGAUGGUGCCUCCAAAGAUGGCACCUCGAAAGAUGGCAAGCCUCGGCCACCACCAGUUGAUAUUGCUGCAGCACAAAAUGCGGGUGGCGAGGGUGGCAUCAAGACUCCCACAGUCUCCUCCCAGACCCCACGUACCCCAGGCACUUCACGAUAUGAUACCUUUAGGGAUAAAGAGAGGAAGAUCGGCCACAGGAGAGUGGGAGAAGGAGGCAUCGUUACAUACAAAAAAAUUGGGACUUCACAACUUAUGGCAUCAAUCCAGCUGGGUAUCCAACAAGCAGUAGGGAGCCUGGCAAGCAAGCCUGAUCUGGAUGUUUUAAUCCAGGAUUUUUAUGUUGUAGAAACUAUUUUUUUUCCUUCUGUUGGUUCUCAGUCAACUCCAGCUCAUCAGUUUUCUGAGUUCAGAUUCAAAGUGUAUGCACCCAUAGCAUUUAGACAUUUUAGAGAUCUGUUUAAAAUUCAACCAGAAGACUAUCUUGUUUCAUUGUGCAGCGAGCCUCUUCGAGAACUAAGUAAUCCUGGGGCGAGUGGCAGCAUAUUUUAUUUAACAAAUGAUGAUGAGUUUAUCAUCAAGACAGUGCAGCACAAGGAGGCAGAGUUCCUUCAAAAGUUAUUGCCAGGAUAUUAUAUGAAUCUGAACCAGAAUCCUAGAACAUUAUUACCAAAGUUUUUUGGGCUCUAUAAUUAUCAGUGUAAUGCCAAGAAUAUUAGGUUGAUAACAAUGAACAACUUACUUCCGUCUUCAAUAAAGAUGCAUCAGAAAUAUGAUCUAAAAGGUUCUACGUACAAAAGAAAGGCUAGUAAGUAUGAACGAAGCAAAGAAUCCCCAACAUUUAAGGACUUGGACUUUAUGGAACAUCAUUCGGAUGGUAUUCUACUAGAGGCAGAAACCUACAAAGCUCUCAUAAAUACCAUUGCAAGAGACUGCAGAGUGUUAACAUCUUUCAAGAUUAUGGACUACUCCUUAUUGGUGGGCAUUCACAAUUUAGAUCUUGCAGCCAGAAAGAAGGCACAAGACAAAGAGAAAAAAUUAAAUGGCGGAGAUGGUGGGCCAGCAGAAGACGGGAGUGGAGAGGCGGAAGGAGAGGGCACUGGCUUGACCCGAUCCCGCUCAAUCAAUCGACACAAACUUGUGGCCCACUCAACUGCCAUGGAGUCCAUCCAAGCAGAUUCUGAUCCAAUCGAUGAGGAGGACCAUGUCCCGCCUGGAGGCAUUCCAGCAAGAAAUGCAAAAGGAGAACGACUGUUGCUCUUCCUUGGUAUCAUUGAUAUUCUGCAGAGUUAUCGCCUGAAAAAGAAAUUAGAGCACACAUUCAAGUCAAUGAUUCAUGAUGGGGACACGAUAUCAGUACAUCGACCAAACUUUUAUGCACAGAGGUUUCUGAAGUUUAUGGAAACCACAGUCUUCAAAAAGAUUCCAUCACCUUUGAGACACUCCCCAUCUCGGCGGAGAGGUACUUCCAUGCGUAUCAUGCGCCCAGUAUCCCAGGCUGAUCCUGAUCAUCCUGCAGAUGGUCACGACAGUCAUGAAGGUGCAAGUUUUCGAAGCAGAAGAGCAGUUGUUGGGAGAGUACCAGGUGGUAGUGUUAGUGCUGAGGAGCAACAAGGUGGAAGUGGUGCUGAAUCUGCCUCUGCACUAGCUGUGGGAGCAAGUGCAUCUGCCUCUGCUACUGCUCCAUCAUCUGUUAGUGGCACAGUCACUUCUGGUGCAGCAGGCAUACAGGCAACAGCUGGGGGAGGAUCUGCUGCUGCAUCAGUGGUUGGAUCAGGCACUCCUUCAACACCAGUAAACCUCCCAGCAGUGUUGCAGGACCGACCCCACUCAGGCCGUGGCCGUGUGCCCCCUCCAGUACCCCCACGAUCGCCAAGGGGUGGCGGCACUGGCCAACCAUCCUCUGCCUCCUCUUCAUUCUCAUUAACUCGAGGUAGUGGCCGCGGUGUAGUGACUGUAAGCGCAGGAGGGGCUGGAGCAGCUCACCCCCCAGUAGGCUCCCACCCUCCACCUCCAGCCUCAGGUGUUGGGGCAACAGGCAGCACCGUUGUGACCACGUCCUCUCCGCGAGUACAAGUACGGUCAUCCCAUACGCACGUUACGACAGUAGCCAUCCAGGAGGACAGAACUGAUGUUGUAAGAACUGGUCAAAAGUUGCGCUUUAAGGGCCUUGACGAAGACCCAAAAAGUGUCACAGAUCCUGUGCUUGUUAGCUAUAAGGCAAUAAAGUCCUCCAGUCUAAGCGUGAGUGACGUGCACCUGGAACCUCGAGCUGACUCACGAUCAACGCUGAGUGUGGAUUCUAGUGUGGGGCCUGCAUCCAUGGUCCGUACCCUCACCUGGACUCCCCCGCUCUCUGUAGAGGGUAGCACCCCUACCUGGACCGAGGGAACCCCCAGCUUUACAGAGUCCUCCUCUAGUGGAGAUUUAGGGUGUCCCACUACUCCAGUACGCAGUCUUAACACCACCCAGGAAUCCACAGACAACCUCAACUUCCAAGAAACAGAAAUGAAGCGGCUGCACAAGCGGCAGAGUUCGUAUACACACUUCGCCCUGACUAUGGAAGUGCAUGAUGAGUCAUUGGAGUAUGUGUGAGCAGCAAAAAAAAGUAUUAAGCUGUUGAUGUAGUCAGUGAUCAAUAGUUACAGUAUACCAUUGCAGAUAAAGGAGUAUUACCAAGUCCUUAAAUUAUAGUAGUGACAGACUUGAUAAGUACAUGGAUUGUCUUUCCUUGUGAUCAGCAGACUCUAGUUGAUGUAAAGCAGCUUUGGUAUGUAAAGUGGCCUCUUGUAUAUUGUAAUUUCAUGUUCACAGCAGCUCAAGAGAGCAUGAAAGACAAUUCCAAAUAAAAGUAUUCCUAAUACGGAGAGUGACAAAGAUGUUUUUACAUAAAGCUAUGGUACAAUUAUACAAAUGGUGGAAGAAAAAUUACAGAAAAUAUGAAUUGAAUGCAAAAACCUCCAGUCUAAACUCAUGUUUUGCACUUCCCUUUGGGUUGUUUGCUUCAGGGCAGUCAAGUGAAUGUUGAGAAAUGACAGUUUUCUGUUCAUCUUAUCAUCAUGAAGUCCUUAUGACUAUUU